UUUAAUAUCCAUGUUUCGUAUUCGUUUCGUGAAUUUGUUGAUUUUCUAAAAUCUGAAAUUCUCAUUAGAAAUUAUUAUAAAUAAUUCAUUUGUUAAAUAUUGGAUUUAAUUACUAUGAUUUUUAAGUUUAAUUUUAUAUAUAAUAUUAUUAUUUAUGUUAAUUAUUAGUAUAACAUCGCAUUGUUUAGUAAAAAGGUUAAAAAAAAUAAAAAGAAAAUGUAUAAAUAUAGAUAGCUUUAAAAUAAAAUAUUUAUUUGCUUUAAUUUUAUAAUUAAAUGUUAAUCUUAAAUGUUAUUAUUAUAUGUUAUUAUGAAUUUCUUUGAUGAUGUUAAAAAGAAAAUUUUUUUCUGACUAAUCUUUGUAAAUGAACAUUUAUCUUUCUUUUUAUUAUAAAAUUAUUCUUUAAUUUAUUAAUUAAUUAUCAAUCAUGAUUAAGGCUAUAUUAGUAUUUAAUAAUCAUGGAAAGCCUAGACUUUCUAAAUUUUAUCAAUAUUUUAAUGAGGAUAUGCAACAACAAAUAAUAAAGGAAACAUUUCAAUUAGUUUCAAAGAGAGAUGAUAAUGUUUGUAAUUUUUUAGAAGGUGGAAGUUUAAUUGGUGGAUCUGAUUAUAAAUUGAUCUAUCGGCAUUAUGCUACGUUAUAUUUUGUAUUUUGUGUUGAUAGUUCAGAAUCAGAGUUGGGAAUUUUGGAUUUAAUACAAGUUUUUGUUGAAACAUUGGAUAAAUGUUUUGAAAAUGUAUGUGAACUUGAUCUUAUCUUUCAUGUAGAUAAAGUUCAUUAUAUACUUAAUGAAUUAGUUAUGGGUGGAAUGGUUUUGGAAACUAAUAUGACUGAAAUACUUACAAGAAUUGAAGAUCAAAAUAAAUUGGAAAAACAGGAGGCAGGAAUCACAGCAGCGCCGGCGCGUGCUGUUUCUGCUGUCAAGAAUAUGAACAUACCACAACAGAUAAAGGAUAUGAAGUUGCCCGAUUUACCACAAGCUAUAAAAGAUCUUAAAUUCUGACCAGCCGUUACUUCGUUGGCUCCAAGCUGACUGGUUUCAACUAUAAAUGAAAAUGAUAUUAAAAGGG